GUUUUGAGACGCAAAAGGACCCUCAAGUCACGUGACAUGGGGCGAGUCGCCUCCAAUUUCGCCUGAUGUUUUUUAACACAGUCAGUCUGUUUAGAUUUGGGAUAAAACUGUAUUUUUAAACCAUUCAUCCUGUGUAUUUAGUAUAUAGAUCGAUUUCUUAAUAUUUAUAAUAUUUAUAAUGAUAAAAAAAAUAAUAAUCCGAAACAAGUGAAAAACGGCACUUCAUUCGGUUGCCUUGGAAAAAAAGCGCCAACUUCUACAGCCCGCGCUGUUUGUCGGUUUAUUUUGUUUCCCACCAGUAUUGUGGAAAGUCCCACCCUGUACGGUAAUUGGAUAAGAGUCAAGAAACCCCAGCGGACCAGCGAUUACCACAAGCCAAUCAGAACACAGAAGGCGGGGCUUGUCUGAAAACGGGUAUGGGGAGUAAUAUCCCGCCAUCAGAGUUGUCAAGUCGUUUAUCCAGCGGAACGGCGCGGAAAUCGUAUUAGCCAUAGUUUCAUUGGACGAAGAUGAAGAACUGGAGUGGCGUGUAAAAGGAAAGCUUGCCUGCUCAGGAUGAUGCCAGGUGUGCAGGGAGAAGUAGCUGCAGGAGCUGGGGGGAGUCCAAUGAGGAGGAACCGUCUGUCCCUGAAGUUCCUGCAAAGGAAAGAAACCAAGCGUGCACUCGACUUCACAGAGCCCCAGGCUGAGGAGGCCAAGCCUGCAGAAGCAGCAGACUCUUCAAGCUGUGACCAGGUUGUGCCAGCACCAUGUCACUCACUUCCCUGUGGAAAAAGAGAGUGUCUUGUUCCCUUUGUUGGUCUUAACAAUCUGGGCAACACCUGUUACCUUAACAGCAUCCUUCAGGUCCUGUAUUAUUGCCCUGGUUUUAAGGAAGCUGUUAAUUCCUUGUGCCGUAUGUCUAAGCUAAAAGACAAACAGAAAGAGGAUGGGGUUAAAAGUGAAGAGGGAGACUCAUCUGAAGACUCGAUGCCUGUUCAAAUGGAAUUACUGCACAACUUCAAAUGUUUCAUAUCUUCAGUGGAGCAGCUGCAGUCCAGUUUCCUGUUUAACCCAGACAAAUAUAACGAAGGAGAUUUGGCCACACCCCCACGCAGGAUUCUCAAUACACUCAGACAGCUGAAUCCUAUGUAUGAGGGCUAUCUGCAGCAUGAUGCCCAGGAGGUACUACAGUGCAUCCUCGCAUAUGUCCAAGAGGCCUGCGAUACCAUUAAGAAAAACCUUAGAACCAGCCAUGGUGAAAAACCAGAAGAGAGUGAGCACUUCACGUGCAGUGGGACAACACCACUUCCCCAAGAGGAAGAGGAGAACCCUGAUGGACAGAUGAAUGGGAAAAGGAAGAGUGACACAGAAGUGGGCAAUGCCAAGAAGAAGCCGAAAUCUCAGAGCAAACACAAGAAAAGCAACGAGGAAAGCGGCCCUUUAACCCGCUCAAAGAGAAAGUCUUUUGGUGAUGUGGCUGGGAAUUUUGUUGGUGGUCAAAGGGAGGAGGCUGAGAAGGACAAGGAGGAGAAAGAGGGAGGAGGCAACGCAGAGGAAGAGAAGAGCGAAGAAACCGCAAAGGAGGCGAAUAAAAGGAAGAAAAGGCCAAAACUAAAUUGGCUGAAACCAUCAGGAAAGCAGCCUAGCAUUUUCUCUAAAUUCCGCAGUAUGGGUCGAAUCAGCUCUCAUGCAGGAGACCGAACAGAGAACAAGGACCAAGACACGGGCAGCCGUGACCCUCAGGGCCAGGGUCAAGCCACUGUCAAAAGUGUGAAGACUACAGAAAAUGAAACAGAAGAAACCCCAGAACUCCAGGGCUUGGAUAUGCUGAAGCAGCUGUUCCAGGGUCAGCUGGUGCUGAGGACACGCUGCCUGGAGUGUGAGUGCUAUACCGAGAGGAGAGAGGACUUCCAGGAUAUAAGUGUACCAGUGCAAGAGGAUGAGCCCAGCUCCUCAGAACCCAGUUCAGAGAUUUCCCCAGACCCUAAGCCAGAACAGAAGACUCUGAGGUGGGCCAUCUCCCAGUUUGCAUCAGUGGAGCGAAUCGUCGGCCAGGAUAAAUAUUUCUGCGAGACGUGUCACCAUUACACAGAGGCGGAGAGGAGUCUUCUGUUUGACAAGACCCCUGACAUUGUCACCAUUCACCUCAAGUGUUUUGCUGCUAGUGGUUUAGAGAUGGACCCGUAUGCUGGAUUGUCAAAGGUGAACACGCCUCUCCUCACCCCCCUGAAACUCUCCCUGGAGGAAUGGAGCACACAACCCUCCCAGAAGCACCAUUACAGGCUUUUCGCUGUAGUCAUGCACAGUGGUGUGACCAUCAGCAGUGGCCAUUACACCACCUACAUCCGCAUGAUGGACCUCCACCGCACCAAGCUAGAGCUUCAGGCUCAGGAGGAGAGUCAGAAAGAAGAAGACGGAGAAACAAAACUGCUCAAGAAGGAAGAGGUUUCGCCACCUGACUACAACGAUGGCGAGGUGUCCUUCAGCGUGAGCUCCAAACCACAGAAUAUAACGAGUCUGUCGAGCAAAACUGGCGGAAAAAGAUCUACAGAAGGAGUCAGUUUACUGGGAGGUCAGAGAAGCAUCUCAAGCUAUGAGAUCAGCACCAGCAAGCAGGCUACUACAGAGAAAACCGCCAACGUGGCAGCGUACGCCGGUUCUCCUGUUCAGAACGGAGCGGUGAAGAAGGAGAACGAGGACGAAGCAGUGAAAGAACACAGUCUGGUCAGCUUGGAUACGGCUUUACAGAAUCUUAUGGACUACGAAGGGAAGUGGAUGCUUUUUGACGAUUCCGAGGUGAGGCUGUUCGAGGAGGAAGAGUUCCUACGCGCGUGUUCUCCCGAGAGCUGCGCCACCUCCACACCGUACCUCCUUUUCUACAAGAAAGUCCCAGGAGAAAUGAACUGAACGACAGCUAGACCAAAUCUUUAAGAAAGAACUUGCUGAGUAGAAACUAGCUGAAGACGAGGUCCAGGUUGGAAGGAAUAUUCCAGGGAUGAAAAGUUAUUCUCAGACGCAUAAUGAGAAUUUCAACACAGUCACUGCAGUGAUGAGGUUGGACAGGAUGCACGUUGGUUCUCCUGAGCAGAACAGUGUAUCCCUUUAACAGCUGAUAUUUUUAUUCUACAGGGUGUCCUAAAAGUCUGCUUACAAAUAAGAUCUUUUAUAUUGAGUUUCUAGUCUUUAAUAGCAAUAAUUUCGACAAAUCAUUCUCAUAGCUGGAUCGGGAAACAUAGCAAGCAUAUCACACAUGACACUGCUGAAAAAAUGGAAGACCAAUGCAGAAGUGGACGUCCAGUCAAAUGCGGUGCUGUCAUACACCACUCAUACAAAGUAUGGAGACUUUUGUAUAGACACACUGUAUUUUGUAACCCCCCCUAAUUUCUCUCUCUAUAUAUAAAUACAUUUUUUUCCCUUUAUUUAAUUUUUUUUGUUUCUUUCCCAUCUACAUUCCCCACAUUCAUUUUAUCACCUAAUUUUUCAAAGGCCCUUUCAUUAUGCACCUUGGCACCAACUGUAGUGCACUUAAUGUCCUGUAAGCCUUUGUUGUUCACACACUGGUUUUUAUACGUGGAUAUAUAUAUAUAUAUUUUUUAAGUUCGCUUUUGUACAUUUUUGUUUUAAUCUUGAACAUUGCAUUUUAGGGUGUAAAUAUACCAUAGUAUAAAAUGUAGGCUCUGCUUUGUGUAAAAGCUGUAACAAAAAUCCAGCUCUGAGCAGAGAGGAGCUGUUUAUAGGAAACUGCAGGAAUAGAGAAGUGUAUUUUUGUAGUGUUUUUUCCCCCCUGAAUGCCAUUUCUAUGUUUUGAGAUCUGGACCGUGUUCUUCACAGCUCUCUACAUUCAGUGGAACAUGCCUGAACUAAGCUACAUUUUGAGUCAGAUGUGGGAUAAGAUCUAAACCGUUUGAAUAGUUAUAGAAGAACGAAGCCACAUGCUGACAUGGUGUCAAAGCUAAAGCCAGUAUCUAUAAGCAAUAAAUAUUUUUCUUCUGCUUGAGACAUCUACGCGUACAAAAUAAAACACAGUUUGAUUAUAUCCGGGAGCAAAAAUGCUUUAUGUUCAAUGACUUUUUGUAGAUUCUUUUGUACACUCAUUAAAACACCAGCAUAUUAAAAGUCA